AUGUUAAGUUCCUCUUGUUGCUACUCAUGGGACACUGUCAUGAAGUCAUCCAACUCCCUGAAGGCAUCUUAUGAAGACUGGCUGCUGACAUAUGGCUUGAGCAUCUCUCCCUUUCACAUGCGAUGGCAAACAGCUCUCUUCAACCGCCAGUUCUACAACUGGGGGAGAUGGAAACCCAAAUUUCUGUAUUUAUGGUUCAGCAUAGGAAUGGUGUUUGGCAUAGUUGCCAUGUUUGGCUCUAUUAUCCUUCUUGGAAAGACACUGAUGCAAACACUGACACAGAUGCUCACUGAGGCACCGAAAGCACAGAAUGAUCGUAUGCUGCAGGUGGUGGUGCCUGGUGUCAAUUUGCCUGUCAGCCAGCUGACUUAUUUCUUCUCUGCAAUCCUCAUCAGCGGUGUGAUACAUGAAGUUGGCCAUGGGGUGGCAGCUAUUCGAGAACAAGUACGAUUUAAUGGAUUUGGGAUUUUUAUCUUCAUUGUCUAUCCUGGAGCAUUUGUUGACCUCUUCACAACCCACUUGCAACUGAUAUCUCCAGUCCAGCAAUUAAGGAUAUUUUGUGCAGGGGUGUGGCAUAAUUUUGUUCUUGGUGUUGCAAGUUUCAUGGUUUUGUUUCUGCUGCCAGCCAUUCUUUUCCCUUUCUAUUACACGGGUGUUGGGGCACUUGUCACUGAGGUCACAGAGGAUUCUCCUGCCAAUGGACCAAGAGGUCUUUUUGUGGGAGAUCUUGUCACUAACCUACAAGACUGCCCAGUUUAUAAUGUGGAAGAUUGGAAUUCCUGUCUGGGAGACAUUUCAGAGAAGUCACAGGUCGGCUACUGUGUAAGUGCAGCCACCCUACAGCAAUUAAGCUUUCCAGCUAGAGUCUACAGAAGACUUGAUGGCACAGUUGAAUGUUGUAGUAACAGCAGCCUCACAGACAUAUGCUUUUCAUAUAGCAAUAAAUUGGAUGGCCAUCUGUAUGCCUGUCUGCCAGCAAGAAAAGUUAUUGAAGCCAGCAAAGUUUGUCGAACCAACAUGGACUGUCAGAAGGACUUUGCUCCAAGCUUUUGUGUGACUCCUUCUUUGGAGAACCAAACAAGGCUAAUCAGAGUAAAGCAUCCACCCCAUAUGGACAUGCUAUAUGUAGGCCACCCCAUGCAUCUUCAGUACACAGUAAGUCUCAGCAGUUUUGUACCACGACAAAACUUUCUAAGCAUCGAUCUGCCUGUGGUGAUAGAGACAUUUUGCAAGUACCUAAUCUCACUAUCAGGAGCACUGGCAGUUAUUAAUGCUGUACCCUGUUUCGCUUUGGAUGGUCAGUGGAUAUUAAAUUCAUUCCUGGAAGCCACGCUGAGCUCCCUGAUUGUAGAAAAACAAAACAGAGAGUUUGUUGGCUUUUUAAUUUUGCUUGCUGGUAGUGCACUCUUGGCUGCCAAUGUUGCACUGGGACUUUGGAUGGUGACAGCACGGUAG